AUGGCUACUACUUUUCUUCUUUCUGUGGCACUAGUUAUGUGUGUGACUGCUCGUGGUGUGAUGAAGACUAUAGAAAAAGCACACACUAAUGAAUUUGCUGAGAAAGCUAUGUUGCUGCCAUAUGGAAUUUAUGAUGUGGGAAAAGGAUUUAUAUAUGAUAUACUUUGCUUGCAACUCUUGCUGGACUUGGAGAAAGAAGAGGAAAGAUUGAAGAUUUUGGUCGACUGUCAGAGGACGGUUUGGGUUGAGGAAGGUUUUGAUAGAAGAAUAGAGGAAGACAGAAGGCGAAACAAAGAAGAGAGAGAGAGAGAGGAGAACGGGAAAGAAGGAAAAGAAGAAGAAGUGAGACGCAGAAGUCAGAUUAGUUUUUUGUCAUUUGCAGUCUCUGUAAAGGUUCAGGGAGGAAAGGACAAAUCAAUUUACGUUUGUUUUGGAGAAGAUUUUGGGAACAGUGUGCUGUCGGAUAGUACGUCAACGAUCGUGAAAGGUUGGUGGGAUUUCGGUUUGACUAUCAACUCAACCACGAUCGAGAAACAAAGAGAUUGGGUGUGUUUCUCGCAGUUCUGGAAAAGAAAAGAUAAGAGGAGAAAUUUAAUCCCAAGGGCUGGUUGGAUAUCUCUAGGAGGUUUAUGUGACAAUUCACGAUGA